GUGUGAGUGCGUUGUUUUAACAGUCUGUGUGUGAAUGUGAAAGAGGAGAAGCCGCGUCGCUGUGUUCCCCCGCAUUGCAUGAUGGUCGGAGUGCCGGUGCUGACUGCACAGUGUGCCAGCUUGUUUUCCUCCCGGCUCCUGUGAAGUUUCUGGGAUGGUAAAGAAGGGAAACUCCGACUGCUGCGCUCCACACGACAGCUAGCCUCCUAGGAGGCAAGUCCCAAUGCCAUGGCCUCCAGUCACAGCUCCUCCCCAGUGCCUCGUCCCAGCAGUGAAGGUCGAGAUGGGAUUUUCCACAAGGAGCAGGGUCCCUCCGCCCCUCACAUCCGGGCCAUCCGCUCCUUGCCUGAUGUCUGCCCCAAGGAACCCACCGGUGAGGGGCGGAGCCUGUGUAACGGCCCCUCUGUGGUGGAGGAGCACGACCGGUGGACUGUGUACAGCUCGAAGGUGAACCUCCCUGCUGCUCUGAACGACCCGCGGCUUGCCAAACGGGAAUCCGACUUUUUCACCAAAACUUGGGGGCUGGACUUCACAGAGACUGAGGUGAUGCCCUCCUUCUACCUCCCCAUCAUCACCAGAGAACAGUUUGGGCCUUACCUACAGGAGAUGACCCAGAGGGAACGAGUUCAUGAACGCUGUAAGACGAUCUGCCCCAACAAAGACGACGUUGACUCCAUCUCCAGUAUCAACCAUGACAAAUCCAGAGCUGAGCUGGAACAAGUCCCAAAGAUUUUUAUGAGACCUAACUUUGCUCUGGAGGAUCCAUCAACUUUUAACGCCGUCCUUCCGUGGUCACACUUUCCCAGUGCUGGAGGAAAGAGCAGCAGAGAUGGGGCCUCCUCAAAGUUGUUGCAGGAGAAGCUGAGUCACUACCUGGAUGUCGUGGAGGUCAGCAUCGCUCGGCAGAUCUCUCUGCGCUCCGAUGCUUUUUUCCACGCCAUGUCCUCGCAGCACGAGCUGCAGGACCGCCUGAAGGAGACGCAGCAGGCAGUGGCUGUCCUUCGGAGCAAAACCGCUGCCAUGGAUCGGAUCAUGUGCAAGGGGCCUCUGCAGGCCCUCCGCACUACUCUGACCCGCAACAACUGCAUCAAGCUGCACAACAAGCUGAAGCUGAUGGCCGCAGUGCAUCAGACGCAGCCCACCGUGCAGCUGCUGCUCUCCACCUCAGAGUUUGUUGGGGCACUGGAGCUCAUCGCCACCACCAAGGAGGUGCUGCAGCAGGAGCUGCAGGGCAUCCACAGCUUCAGGCAUCUGGGUUCCCAGCUGUGUGAGCUGGAGAAGCUAAUCGAUAAAAUGAUGGUGGAGGACUUCAGCAUGUACGCCCGCAGCGACCUGAGCCGCAGUCUGAGGGAAGAGCAGCAGGUCCUGGAGAAGGUCCCCAAACCAAAUGCUGUCUCACAAAAGGAGCGUCUGGAGUCGCUGGUGUUUGGUCUGUUGCGACAAAGGAAGCUGGACUUUCUGGAUAUUUACAGUGAAGAGAUGAUCAUUGCUGCUAAAGCCAUCGUCGCACAGUGUGUGGCAGACAGUCUUGUGAACAUUGAAGAAAUUGACACUGAAGUCGUUACUAAGCUAGCCGACCAGAUGCGUCUGAUGGCGUUUCCUCAGUGGUUCGAACUGCUGAAAAACAUCUUUGACUGUUUCCUUCUCUUCCUGCAGAGAAUCAAGGCUACUUCAGAUGUGAUCAGAAAUGUGGUUCUGGAGGCUUUGGACUCAAACCAUAAGAACCGGCUCCUGGCAGAGGCCAGUUCAGCAGCAUCCAGCUGUGAGGUUUCCCAGGAUCCCCUGCUCUUAAAGGGGGAGGCUGAGCUGGCAUACCUCACCCAUGAGGGCUUAUUCAUCAGUGAUGCCCUGAGUGAAGCCCGACAGGAGCAGGCGGGUCAGGAUCAGAACUUUGCAGCUAGCGUCAGGGUCCAGCAGAGCCGAGACGAAUCUGCCGGCAGUAUCCCGGCCUGUGGGGUCACAGAGAUUUCUGUCAGCAGAGAGCAAAGCUUGAUGUCGGGUGACAGCUUGAUGCCCACAGAGGUGGAGCUGAACCGUGUGAUGAGCCACAUCCAGGAGCUGCUGCACACGGCGUCUGACAUCAGCCACGAUCGCUGCGUCAAAGUGCUCACGGCCAGAGCGCGGGACGGCUCCCUGGAGCGCCUGAGCUCGGCUGAGUUUGUGUCUCUGUCACGGACGAUUGAAGGCUUCGUCAAAGACACAGAGGAUCUCUGCGGCAGGAGGAGCGUCUCCCUGCGGGGAGCCCUGCAGAGCCAGGCCAACCGCUUCGUCCACCGCUUCCACGAAGAACGCAAAACCAAACUCGGCCUCCUUCUGGAUAACGAGCGUUGGAAGCAGGCGGAGGUCCCAACAGAGUUUCAGGAUCUGGUAAACUCCAUCGCUGAUGGCAAAAUUACACUACCAGAGCGCAAAACCUCAGGUCCAGAUGACAGGAAACCUGCUGAGUUUCUGUUAGUUAAUGGACAGAAGUACGCCGUCGUUGGAACGGUUCUGCUGCUGAUACGGAUGUUUCUGGAAUACUGCCGGUGUGUGAACGACAUCCCGUCCAUCACCACAGACAUGCUGACGCGUCUGUCAGACCUGCUGAAGCACUUCAACUCGCGCUGCUGCCAGUUGGUUCUGGGAGCCGGAGCUCUGCAGGUCGUCGGUCUGAAGACUAUCACAACCAGAAACCUGGCUUUAGCCUCCCGCUGCCUGCAGCUGGUGGUUCACUACAUUCCCAUCAUCAGAGCCCACUUUGAGACCAAACUGCAGCCCAAACAGUUCAGCGUCCUCAGACACUUCGACCACAUCACCAAGGACUAUAACGAUCACAUUGCAGAGAUCUCUGCCAAGCUGGUGGCCAUCAUGGACAGUCUGUUUGAGAGGGUUUUAUCCAGGUACGAGGUGAAGGCUCCAAUGCCGUCAACCUGCUUUAGGAACGUUUGCAAGCAGAUGGCGAAGAUGCACGAAGCCAUUUUUGAGCUUCUGCCGGAAGAACAAACGCAGAUGUUGUUCCUGAGGAUCAACGCCAGUUUCAAAAUGCACCUUAAGAGGCAGCUGGCCAGACUGGGGGUCGUAAAUGACGGCGGACCACAGCACGGGUUGGUGGUGGUGGACGUGGCCUUCUACACCGAGAACAUCCAGGCUCUCCGGAGCCUCGAACGGCUCGACCUGAACAUGGCUGAGAUCUGGGAGCAGAAAAGGUGAUGUGGACAGAGCCCCGAUGGGCAGAAGGACAGACGGGCGCCGUCCGACCGCCAACCGAGGCGGUCCACUGGGGACCAAAAACGCACCUGACUGCGCAGGGCGGAGCUGUAUGCAGAAACGGAGAAGCUUCCAAAAGCUGCUGCUGCCUCCCCAUCUCUGCGUGCAAUCACAGACGAACACUAGUAAAUUAUUUCCAUGGAAUGAUGGUGAUGAGACUUUGGGGUAAUUUAUUUUUCUGUCCUCUUUGAAUCUUUACUGGACGUUUUCCUCAGCAGGCUGCAACAUUGAGGAGAUUUUGGUACAUUUUUAUACUCGAAUUGCAUUUUUGUUCUGGGGUUUACAGCGAUCGGCUUCGUGACGCUGAAGGAGAGUUGUUUCUCUUUUGUGAUGAUCCACAAACGACAGGAAGGUCAUAUUGGGGGUAAUUUUUUAUAUGCUGGAGGGCUGCAGAACACGAGGCACAAAUGCAGCUCUUCACAUAUCUGUUCCAGAUGCACACGUUCUCUUCCAUCCUUUGUUUCGAUGCAGCUACAAAUCAACCGCAUGAUGGAGGUUGGGUCUGCAGCAGCUCCAAAUGUCAGAUUUCUCUCUUAACGGAUGCUGCGGCUUGAAGAAAUUUGCCCCACCCCACCCAAAAAAACAAAACAAAACACAAAUGUUCCUUAUUUUCUCCUUGAUUUGAUUUUGUUUCACAACCAGGAAUUAAAAAAGUUGAAGGAAAAAAUGAAUCAGGAAAAUUCUGCUGAGAAGCAGUUUGAUUCCCACGCAGAUGUGAACCGGACGCGACAGAGGCAUUAACUCCCAUCACUGUCUGCUUCAGAAGUGCCUACUUUGGAUCUGCUGUCAGAGACGUGAGCUCUCCCCACAGUGUGCCUGACUUUCCACUGUGUGUCCGAGUGAAGCCAGUCACUUCAGCGCUGCUGUGAAUAAACCGGAUGAGGGAGAAACC